AUGAAGUCCUAUGAUGAAAGGACGAAUUAUACCGAUCAUUUCCUCAAAUUAGGUCAAGGUCGAGUUAUUUCAAGAGAAGAUCGAAAAUUUUGGUCUCUAUUCUGGGAACUGCCCACGUCAAGUCAAGAGAUAAAUGAGCUACUAAGCUUGGAUGUGCUUCGCAAAGUACGAAAUCACAACACUGUCAACUAUAUCAUUUUCAUUAGAGUAGUGUGUGCCGAGUUGAGUCGGUUAGCGCAGCUGGAACACUGGAAAGAUAAAUAUGACGUCCGCAUUUUGAAUUGCAUUAGGUUGUUGACGAAAGCUCUACCGGUCUUGUUUGAGACGGGGAAUUACCAGUCGUGUUUGGAGUAUUUGACGUUUUGGGAAAAGGAUGUGUCAGCUCCCGAGCUUUCUACGUUGAUUGGGCACGGUCAAGGGCACGGGCACGAACCGGGGAGAUUUGAACAACUGUAUCUGCAAGCAAGUCUCGCGGUCACGCUCAUGCAAAUACUCGUGGACUUGCUAUUCACAAAGGGGUUCACGGUUGCGGCUCUGCAGAAACCAGGCGGAGUCAGCUUGAGCGUGUGGGAGCCUGGCAUCGGCUACACCGCUUCCAAGUUUACACCACCGACCCCGUCUUUGGACAGCAACAGGGCCGAAGUUCUCAAGAUGGUAAUUGUCUUGUGCUCAGCAAGCUUAUACUUGCCACCAGCGGAAGUUGUUUCAAGCGGCAACAAAUUCCUCACGAUAUUGGUUUCCCUCACUCCCAAGGUUAAACUCUUGACUCUCGUUUCCUCGUUGACGAACCUAGCAUGUAGAUCUUCCAAGGGCACUCAAGAAGCAGCAUUGUUUGCAGACAACAUCCACAUUACGGAAAUACGACAUUUGUUGGUUACGCACGCGUUCCAAUUGUUGACGUUGAUGAUUGCGUUUCCCGUGACUGCUCAAGUCUACUUUAUACCCGACUUGAAACCGCACAAUUUGGCCAGAAUUUACGUGGGCCGAAUACACAAGGAGAGCGAGCUUUUGUUUUUAGCCACUUCAUUGGUCGCCAUCUUGCGAUUCCCAACAACUGAAGCGGAAUACGGCGGUUUUUCGCUUCAAAAAGCUGGCAAAGCUUCCUUGUGGGCGUUGGAGACCACGACGUUGAUGUGGGAGUUGACGCAGUGCAACAAGCAUUUCAAGGAGUUGAUCAAACACAAGUUCAUGGCGGAACUCCUGGUCAUUCUAAUGUACUAUACUUUUGCAUUUCGAGAUCAAGCAUCGCAUAGAAAUCUCGUUAGAAUCUGUUCGUAUUUUUUGCUUUAUUUGACUUCUGACUUGGAGUUCAUGGAGGCCUUGCUUUUACCGAUGAACUUGACAUUGUACGAGUCAUUGCCGUCAUUGUACAAGCUUUCCAUUACACCCUUGACAACUAGAGAUUUUUUGGUGAGCCAAAUCUGCACCAUGUUGUUGAGUUAUGUGCAACCGCAGUCAUAUCUGUUUCGCUCGCUACCUUCGUUAUUGUUGAGCACACUAGUGGAGACUCUUUACAACCUCAUCACUCCGAUUUCGAGCCAGCCUUUGAAAAUGCACAAUGAUCCAUCGAGAAGGUUGAACAAUCCAAACCCCAAUGGUGGCAUUUCGUACCAGGCGUCAUCCUUGGUGACUCAAGUCAUUGGGCAUUUUUCGAAAAAGAGCUUUUUGCUUGAAAAACCAUAUCAUUUGAACUUGCUCGCUUUGGUAAUUCGGAGCGUUUGCACCGCGGCUGUGAAAUACCCUCAGUCUUCGAGGAUGUUGCUAUUUUGCAUGUUGAAAAACGAAAAAACGUACGACGAGUUGUGGAAUACAGUGUUUAGCUUUCAAGAGGUUUAUGUAAAAGGCGACGCCAUUGCAAAGAUUGUGGAGGAUGAAGAAGAAGAAGAAGAAGAAGAAGAAGAAGCAAACAAAAAAGGAGCAGGAGCAAUGGCACUAAAUGGAGCAGCAGAAAAAGAUGAAGGGGAAGGCUUCGAAGACCUAAUUCUAAGCUCAAACUCUCAAGUUGCACCACGGCGAGUGCCACGCAACAACGUUGUUGAGUAUGAAGAUCACGAGAGCAAGCUGCUCACUUUUGACAUUGAGUCCUCGCUUAGACCCUCGCCACCGGCUGGAAUGACGGAUAAGGCCCGAGAAAAGACUCGAAAAGAUAGCCCGAUAGGCAAAGUGUGGCCGGGAAAAGAUUCACUUGCCACCAUCCUUGUCAUCAUCAUUCCGCAUUUGAAAGUUGUGUUGAAUGAGCAUUGGUCUAAAGACCGUCGAUUUAAUGUUGACACUUUUGACCUCGUUCGGAAAAUUGAAGCCUCAGAUUUCAACAAGAUGAUAGAAGAACAUAGAAACCAGAUAAACUAUGGGAUGCUAGCAGAUACCCCCUUGGAGCAGUUGAAGUUCAGUUGGAGCCACUUGUCGCUAGGCUGGUACAUUUCGUUAUUGUUUGGAGGCAUCUACAAUGCCGAGAAUAAUGUCAAGACAUAUGUAGGCACCAACAACCGCUUGGUGAAGAAUUUCACAAAGUCGAUUGCCAGCGUCAGCAAGCUUACUUCUAGCUGGACUAGUUUUUUGAAGCUGGAGACUGUCGCUGACAAUACACAGCUGCUUUGGGUUGAGAAUGCAUUGACGUCUGUGAACGUAUGGGAAGGGACGGAGAUCAAGCUAUUCAAGUUGGAGAAUAACGCAGGAGACGGUUUUUUUUCCAGCUUCAACAAGACGUUGUCGGGCCAAGCUGUGCCUUCAACGCCUGGAAGCUUGAAUGACAUGACAAAGAGAUUCGGUGAGCUUAGAAUGAGCGGACGCUCCAAUAUAUCUCCCGCGGGAUCAGGAUUGAGCACGCCGGUGGAAGAGCAAGAAUCCUACUUUGGGAGCAGAACCAUGAGAAAUUCCGUGAGCAGCUUGCACUCUUUAAACACUUUGAACCGGAUCCGUAGUAAUACUCCGAGAAAUUCUAUAAGUCAAUGA